ACCAAUCGGGACCUAGCCGGCCCUCCAGGCCAUGGCGCCCUCGGGGCUCCUUGUGACUGGCGCCUCCUUCGCCGCGUUCCGGGGGCUGCACUGGGGGCUGCAGCUGCUGCCCACGCCGGGACCUGCUGCCCAGAACCGCUGGAAGUGGCGCAACAUCUGUGUCUCUCUGGUGCACAGCCUGCUCUCGGGGGCUGGGGCGCUGCUCGGGUUGUCGCUGUACCCUCAGAUGGCCGCCGACCCAAUUAAUGGCCACCCUCCCUGGGCCCUGGUGCUGGUGGCUGUGUCUGUGGGUUAUUUCCUGGCAGAUGGAGCUGACAUGCUGUGGAACCAGACCUUGGGCCAGGCCUGGGAACUUCUCUGUCACCAUUUGGUGGUAGUGAGCUGUCUCAGCAUCGCUGUUCUGUCUGGCCAGUUCGUGGGCUUCUCCGUGGUGUCUCUGCUGCUGGAGCUGAACUCUGCCUGUUUGCAUCUGCGGAAGCUGCUACUGCUUUCUCACCAGGCCCCAUCCCUGGCCUUCAGCGUGACAAGCUGGGCCACCCUGGCCACCCUGGCCCUCUUCCGCCUGGUACCACUGGGGUGGAUGAGUCUGUGGCUGUUCCGGGAGCACCAUCAGGUGCCUUUUUCUCUGGUUGUCCUUGGUGGAACUGGGCUGGUCAUUGUGGGUGUCAUGAGCAUCACACUGGGUAUCCGCAUUCUGGUCAAUGAUGUUCUGCACUGUCGGCCCCACUCACCCAUCCCUGGGCACAAGGAAACCAGGAGGACCAGGACAUGUUGUGAUGGUGAGCCUGUCACCAGGAACAAUUUCACUGUCAGCCUGAAAUACUAGAGAGAAACCACAGGCUCCUCUUCUGCUGGCCUUGUGGGAGAUGGGGCCAGAGCAAGGAGAUGGUGGUCUUCAGUGCACAUUAGGGUAUAGGAUGGACUGGAUUAUCAGUACCUCAGUUCCUCUUCCAGCUAACUCACAUCCCUCCCCCUUCCUAGGAUUUAAGAAGAAAUGCUGAUGUUGGUUGAUGGGUAAGAAAUCAGGUUACUAUUCACUGAAUUCCACCAUCAGAUGACCACCCUUUCCAGCAAACAAACUCAAGAAACUUUGUACAGGCAAAGCUAUUAAUAAAGAGUGGCAGGAGGAAUGAAGCUGGAAGAAACUGCCAAUGGGAACAGAAACCCUUUGCUUUAGCAGAGGGACAGAUGAGAGAAGGUGAAGUCCUACUAGAAUCAGAGAGAUGUGGUAUGGAGGAGGUGGGAUCAGAGGGAAGAGAGACCUCACCUAUGACCAAAUUCUGAUUCUGGCAGUGGGAAGAGGGCACAGAGGUGCAAUCUGUAACCAGUAGGGAUGGACAUGAUAGUUGCCAAGAGACAGAAUCUGGGCCACAGCAAUUGCUGCUGAUAUUUCUGGUUCUCAAAGCCACACUAUUGUGUUUGUACUUAACCCUAAUCCUACUGUGUCCAGGCUUUAUUUUUUUUUUUUUUUAGUAUCUUCUGACCUUUUCAGAGAAAAUACAGAUUCUUGGAAGAAUGUGCAUGGGGCUAGACCUGUCUUCUAAGGACAGCACUGAAGUCCAGAGCCAUAGAAGGGCCUCAAAUACCCAUUCUGGGUGCCCAGGGUAGAUCUUCCCAAGCCCAGGCUUUCAUGGAAGAAUGAAAGCAGAGGCUGAGCAGGUGAGAGGAGGCUCGCACUGGCUGUAGAGGGGUAAAGGAAUAGCUAACCCUUUUCUGGGAUUCAUUUGCUAGCUCUCCUUCCUCCCCUGAAGCUUCAUUUUUUUCUACUGUAGUUUUUCUGCUGCAGUUUUUCUAUUGUACAAGACCCUUCCCUUCUCAGUGAGAACAUUCAGAUUAUGGAAAGUGUAGAGCAGAUUAAAGUUGAUAUUCUCCUAAACAAGGGGCAGAAAGAGAUAACCCUUAAUCAUCCACAGGAAAGAUACAUGAGCAAAAGCAAGAGACAGGAAGAUUAAAAAAAAAAAAAAAAAAGGAAUCUUGCUAAGAAGCUGAGACAGAGAAAGACAAAAAGGAUGAGUGAAACAGACACCCAUAGGCUGAGGGACAGACAGAGAGAAGGAUUAAUUGCAUAGAGGAGACAGAGGCAAAGAGAGAUUGAAGACAAGAGAGAAAGAGAAGCCUUGGCAGAAAUAUUGAGAAAGCCCACCUUAGAUGCUGAGAGGAACCAAAAUCAUAGAAUUGGUGAAAUGGUCCUAAACAAAGAGGACAAGAAAAAUAGAAAUAAAGGCUGACAGGAAGAGUCCCCAAGGGUGGAAGGCACAGAUAGUUUGGACAGUGAAAUAGUGAGAGUGAGUGACAAGAAGGAACAACCAGGCUCAGGAGAGAUGGAGGUAAGAGUGGCAGACAGAGAGAUUAGCAGAGCGGGGGAAGAGAGAGGUGGAAACAGAGCCGAGGGGGGAUUAGCCAGGGGAGCUGAGGAGCAGAAGAGCAGAAAGUGGAGGAGGCAGUCAGCAGAGAUUCACCUACAGAAACGAGAAGCAGGAAAUAUGUCGAGUUGGAGGCAGGCAGAGGGACAAAGGACAAACAGCUACAGUGCAGAACACAAAGACAAAGCCUGACAGUAACUGAUAGGCAGAGGCUGGUAGGAAGAUGAGAAAAGUCAGAGUCAGGGAUGUAAAUUGAGAUAGAAGAAUAGGCGGAGAGACU